AUGCUGCCACCGUCGGAUUCUUUCUUGCAUCACUCCCACAAGCUUCGAGAAGUGGCCGCCAAUACGCGCAAUCGCGUCGUCUGCACACCACCACCCCCAUACUCUUCAACAGUCCCACGAGGUUCACCCCAAGGAGAGAGACAGAAUGUCCUAGAAAUCGACGACGAGGAAACGGCCUGGGAUACCUGCCCGAAUGCCAAUUCCAGUCCUAUUACGAUUAGCAUUGACGCCUCCAUUAAUGUGGUGGGCAACGGCAACACCAUCAUGAUCCCAUCUAUGGCGGGCCGUCCUCAGCAAACGCCGAGCGCUUCUAAUUCAAUGAAUUCCGAGAUUCCAUCUUCCUCUUCCUCUUCUUCCGCGUCAUCAGCAGCUUCUGAGACGGACGCUUUGCAUUCGGUUCAGAAGCAACGCCAGGCUAGACUGACCGAAAUGGCAACCUCCAUCAUCAAUGCGUUGUAUGAUUCGGGCCGGCUAGCACCCUCUGCAGAAGACCAAGAGACCGCACCGAUUGAGAUCAAGAUCAACACAGGAAUCAAGGUCGAGGGAAGUCGCAACGCUAUUUGCGUUGGUGCUACAGUUCGGGCCCAGAGCAAUAAGAGUGCCCAGAUGGGAACGGAGAAAGAUCGACAAGUCAUUUCAAAUCGAAAAAGACGAGCUCUAUCAGAGCCUCUUGAAGUACCGAAGUUCAAGAAAAAUUGUGCGGAAUAG